AUGGCGAUCGUACUGGGCGCGUCACCGCUGGCGAGUGCGGCGGUGACCGUGCAGCAGAAGGACGUGCUGAGGGCCUUCAUCGAAUCGAGGGCCCAUAAGCGCGCGAGCGGGCCUGCGGGGCCGGACACGUGGGCCGACCCGACCAGCAGCUUCCGCCACCUGCCCACCAAAUGCGACGCCCCGCCGGCGGGCACCAGGGCGGCCGACAGGAUCGCCGCGCUGCCCGGCCAGCCCCCGCGCGUCAACUUCGACCAGUACUCCGGCUACGUCACGGUCAGCGAGGAGUACGGCCGCGCGCUCUUCUAUUACUUCGUCGAGGCCCCCUACGAGGCCUCCUCCAAGCCCCUCGUGCUCUGGCUCAACGGCGGGCCCGGGUGCUCCUCGCUCGGCGCCGGCGCCAUGGCGGAGCUCGGCCCGUUCCGCGUGAACCCCGACGGGAAGACCCUGAGCAGAAACAGGCAUGCCUGGAACAAUGUUGCAAAUGUGAUCUUCCUGGAGUCGCCGGCGGGCGUCGGGUUCUCCUACUCGAACACGUCGGUGGAGAGCGGCGACGCGGGUACCGCGGUGGACGCCUACCUCUUCCUGCUCAACUGGCUGGAGAGGUUCCCCGAGUACAAGGGCCGCGACUUGUACAUCGCCGGCGAGAGCUACAGCGGGCACUACGUCCCCCAGCUCGCCACCGUCAUCGUCGCCCUCAGCGAACUCGGUCUCACAGACAUGAACCUCAAGGGCAUCUUCGUUGGCAACCCGUACCUCGAUGACUACAUGAACACAAAGGGGACGUUCGAGUUCCUCUGGAACCACGGGGUGAUCUCUGACGAGGUGUGGGGCAAUAUCACCGAGCAUUGUAGCUUCGGGCGGGUCGAGGGCACAGCGUGCGGCCAAGCCAAGAAGUCGUUCAAAAUCGGCGACAUCGAUCGAUACAACAUCUACGCCCCGCUACCAGGCUACGAUCCGUGCAUCGGGGCCUAUAUCGACGCCUACUUCAACAGUCCUAAGGUGCAGAAGGCUAUGCACGUUCGAGCCAAAACCAAGUGGUCAGAGUGCGCUAACUUGGACUGGACCGAUGCCCCGGUUUCCAUGGUGCCAACCAUUGCUUGGCUUGUCGACAACGGGUUAAGAGUCUGGCUGUACAGUGGUGACAUGGAUGAUGUGUGCCCAAUUACCGCCACGAGGUACUCUGUCAAGGAUCUCAAUCUGGCAGUCACAAAACCGUGGGGUCCGUGGUACACCCCUGACAGCGAGGUCGGAGGCUACGCUCAGCAGUACGAGGGAGGGUUCACGUUUGCAUCGGUGCGAGGAGCUGGCCAUAUGGUUCCUAGCUUCCAGCCCAAGAGAUCACUUGUUCUUUUCUACUCCUUCAUGAAAGGAGUUCUGCCACCUGCGGUCUCAGUAUGAUGCCCAUGAACAUAUAGUGCUGGUCCUAGUGGUCAUAAGUUUGCAAGCGGGCGGAGAAACCAAUUAGUCUGGUCGAAUACAAAUAAAUUAAGUGUGAUACGAUAUCAACAUCCCACAUUAGAACUUGAAGAAGUUCUUCCUAAUCUAAAUUUUUUUGUUCCACCUUGUGUACGUUGUCCCAAAGAAUGUUAUGGGCAUGACCUUAUUUAUC